AUGAGUGCAUCAGCAGGAGAGCAAGUGGUGGUUGCAGAAGUGGCUACCGAAGAGCAAGCCCGUGAUCUUCGUGCGGCAAUUGAUGGCCAGCUCGAGCUGGUUCGUAGUCUUUCGAUUGAUGAGCAACUGGAAUGGACUGUGGAGGAACAACUGGCUCAGAUGGUGAUGAUUGUGUCGCAAUAUCCUGAAGGUGCCUUGCAACAAGCGGUGUUGAUGACUCAUCCUCCCAGUGCGGAAGAAGAAGGGGCCAAUUCCGUUGCACCCCCAACCACAGCCACUUUCAGUGGUCGGUUACCCAUUCACUUGGCCUGUGAUACCAACGCGCCCAUAGAGAUUAUCCGGUGGUUAUUGGAACAUGACGAACGCAAAGAAUCCAUACUGCGCAAGGAUAAAUGGGGUGACCUUCCCAUUCACACGGCAUGCUCUCGAAAAGAUGUCGAGGUGGUUCGCUUAUUAUUGGAAAGUGAUAGCGACAAGAGCACCAUAGUGACAAAGGAUAACACUGGCGCCUUACCAAUUCACAUGGCUUGCAGAUACAAUGCCCCCAAAGAGGUGAUUCAAAUGCUGUUGGAAAACGACUUGGAAGGAAAGUCUCUUUUUGUGGGUGGUACCUAUGAUCAAUUGCCGCUCCAUGUCGCCUGUCGUUGCAAUCUGCCACCUGCCUCCAUUCAACCCUUGCUGGAUUUUGAUACGGAUAAAAAGACCGUAUUGGUGGAGGACAAUGCUGGACGUUUGCCAUUGCAUGUUGCCUAUCUUCGAAACUCUCACAUGGAGGUCACUCGAAUGUUGUUGGAAGCCAUGAUUUGCGGUCGCAUUGAAAGACUUGGAUUGGACUUGUGGAAAAGGGACAUGGGGCGGAUCUAUACGAGUUUGAGUGCUCAUGAACGAGAUUUCAAUGCCAAUGACAAGUUGGAAAUGACAAGGGAAGCCUUGAAAGAAUUUAUUCAGCGGGCAUUUGUUUUCGAGCUGGGAAUUUGGAAAGCCAGCUGUGUAAGAGGCUCGAAAGAACGGUGUCGAGAGGAUUGUGAAUACAAAAAGGAAAGACGCAUCAAAAGUGGGGCAGAAAUUAUCAUUCCGCAUGUUGUAUCUUUUCUGGAGAAUGAACCCAUUGAGAAGCUUGUGCAACAACUCACAUAG